ACUGCUGGUGGGUCUCCCAGGAUUGUUUCUGCGAGCGAGUUCUCAGGGGUCUGAUGUCCUGAGUGACCUGAAGGAGCAGCCACUGGCCCGCCAGGCCGAGGCCCGCAUGGACGGGGGGCCCGGGAGUGGUGGGCAUGGGGUGACAGCCCCGCCCGCAUCAUGCCUGCCCAGAGCUCCAGGGAAUCCAGAGAGCAAGGCUGAAAAUCUGCGCUCGAGAAGGAUGGUCUGCAUCUCAGAAGCAGAGACUGUCUUAAGCCCGGCGGCGUGACGCCUCACAUGAUCUGGCCAUGACUGUGGUGUCCUGGUUGUGCUCACAGCUCACCGGGCCCUGGGCUGCAGAGCUCACAGGACGGCUGCGGGCAGGCAGCUCCAGCUCCAGGGGCCCAGCUAGAGAUGCCAGGCAGCGGACCAGCACACCUGUCCUGGGGCACAAUGGAGGAGGGGGAAAGGAGCCCCCUGCUGUCCCAGGGCGCCGGGUGCCAGGAGGAGCCCCUCCCCAGGAGCAGCCCACUCACUUCAAGACACCCUAGGCCGGCACCCCGAGAGGACCAGGUCCAGCUGGGGCUGCAGUGCUGUGGGGUGUCCUCCUAUCGGGACUGGACGUGGAACCUGUACUUUAACUGCAGCUCCCCUGGGGUCCAGGCCUGCAGCCUUCCUGCCUCCUGCUGCAUCAACCCCGGGGAAGAUGGCGCGGCUGUCAACCACCCGUGUGGCUUCGGAGCUCUGGGCCUGGAUGAGGGUGCCGCUCAGAGACGGGUGCAUCUGCAGGGCUGUGGCCCUCCACUCCGAGGGUGGCUGCACAGGAAUGUCCGGGCUGUGGGUGCCUGCACAAUCGUGGCUGUGGUCGUCCAGGGGGUGGAGCUCCUGAUGGCCGCCCAGCUGGUGAGGGCCGUGGCUGUCCGCCAGGUGGGGGGUGGAGAGCCCCAGAACCGUGGGGACGGAAAGGUCCCCUGCCAAACUGGCCCAGGGCCGACAGCCCCGUAGGACACCCAGGGAAGGUGUCGGAGUAACCACGCUGGGUCUCAGGCACCCGGGCCUCCUCCACCUGCUGUACCUCCCACUCCACAGGGGCCCCUUUCCCUGAGGGCAGGGCAUGCCCACCUCCUUCCCGGUUCUGUCAGGCCCUGCAAGGAUGAGCCCCUGUACCACCGCCUGAUUUCACUCUCUUUUGGAGACAUUUGUUCUCUACCAUGGAGCCCUUGCAAACACCGCGUGGCCUGUGUAAGCCACACCUCCUACAGGGGAUGCCAGGCAAAGCUACCUGGCCAGUGCGAAGAGUACGGGGCUCUGAGGACUGGAUGAAAUCCUGCUGGCAAGCCCCCAACUCCAACUCCCACCCCUGACUGUCACCUCCAACCACCUCUGAUGCUUGCCCCCAACCCCCAUUCUGACCCCGCCUCUGAGGCCUACCCCAGUGGCCCCACUCCCUUACCACCGCCUGGCCCCUUCCCGUCCAUUGUGGUGGCCGAGGGUGAGGCCCAGGCAGGAAUAAAUUUU